AUGUCAUUUGAUACCGGUUCCGCCAUCCAGGAACUCGUGAUUAUCCAAGAGAAUGCCAACGCAGAAAAAAUCACUCCAACCGAACCACCAAAGAACCUGAUAGUCGAAUACCCUCCCAAAUUCAACCUCCACGAACUCGGGUCAAAGGCCAAGAAUGACGGAGGGAAGAACACGAGAAAACCGCCCAACGCCUUCAUACUUUUUAGAAAGAAAUAUCUCGAUGCGCUGCAUCGCCUCGGACAAAGAAUCCCCAUGAAGAACGUCUCCGGUUGGGCCCGUGACGCUUGGAACAAACUUCCACAGUACCAAAAACAGGAGUACGAAGAAAUUGCAACAAGGGCGGCUUCGCUUUACCAAGAAUGGGCACCACACACUCCCAGCCGCCAAAACCGCUCCUCAACCAAAAAGCGUGAUCGAAAGAGACUUCACAAAGCCACGACACCCGCCCAACCUCCUGUCACACAACAACCUCUUCUCGUCACUCCCGACACCCCUUUGCAAACUCCUCCUCCUUUCGGAGAGCCGGUAGAAGAAGUGGUGUAUCAUCAAUCACACAUCGUUCCGGUGCCCUCUGGUAUAAUAUAUCCCGAGUUCGUUUAUUACUACGAUUUAAGUGAUUUAAGUUUUAAUAAUGAAUAUUUCAAUGUUAACCUCUGUAACCUUGAUUUAUUCAACUAUAUCACUCCUGAAGUUAACACAGAAGAAAUUUUCACUUACGAUUAUUUCGGCUGCCCCCAGAGGGAGUGA